GAAAGUAUAGGUGCACAUCCAGAAUCCCUAUAUCACACCUCCCUAAUAUCUGCCAUGGGUAAGAAGAGAAAGGCUGGCGGUCGCCCUGCCGGCCCCAAGGAAGACAAGUUCGGACCCUCCAAGUUCCACAUCGAGGAGAGAUUCGAUGAUUCCGAGGAUGAAUUCCAGACCGGUCGCGAUCAGAUUCUGUUGGAGGAAGCACCAGAGGCAAAGCGGCGUCGCAAGCUAGCUGAAGAUGAGGCAAUUCUGCAGUCAUCGGACGAGGAGAUUAUGGGCUACGAUUCGGCGGACGAUGACGACGACCUAGACGACGAGGAUGACUACCAGGAGGAUGGAUACGAGGACGACGAUAUGGAUGAUCUCCCGUCGAAAUCCAAGAAGCGUGCCGGCAGCCAGGGAGCUGGUUCCGAGGACGAGGAGGAAGGCCUUGCCGCCUGGGGCUCUUCGAAGAAGGACUUCUACAAUGCGGAUCAGAUCGAAACCGAAGCCGAUGCGCUGGAGGAAGAAGAGGAAGCCAAGCGGCUCCAACAGAAGCACCUGCAAGGCAUGAACGAGGAAGAUUUCGGCUUUGACGAGACGGAAUGGGUCGAAUCUGGGAAGGCGGACGAUGCGGAGGAAGACGGCGGCGUGGUGACGGAAGUCCUACCGCAAUUGGAAAUCACGGAGGAUAUGAGCACGGAGGAGAAGAUGAAGAUCUUGAAGUCGAGGUACCCCGAGUUCGAACCGCUUUCGAAAGACUUCCUGAGUCUCCAACCUACGCUCCGGGAGCUUCAGAAGGCCGCCCAAACUUUCAAGGCCGAUGAUGAUUCCGAGGACGCCCCCGAUUAUGCGCCCGUCUCCGUUACCAAGUUCCGCGCCCUGUCUGCCUACCUCGGUACCAUCAGCUUAUACUUUAUGCUCCUGACUUCUGCCAGAGACGCGUCCGGCAAGCCCAUUCCCCUAUCCCCCACCGAGCUCCGUGCACACCCUGUCAUGGGCACCCUUGUCAAAUUCAGGAAAGUCUGGGAGUCCGCCAAGGACCUCAGCGAGCCUGAAGCAGACCCCUCCGACGUUUCCGAAUCCGAAAUUGACGAACAAGAAGAGCUCUCCGACGCCUCGGAGAUCGAACCACAGCCCAAGAAGGCGUCCAAGGAGAAGAAGCAGAAGAAGACCAAGGCACAGCUCGCGGCCGAAGCACGACAAGCCGAAGCCGACGCCCGGAGAGCGAAGAGACUCGAGGAGACCGAAGCGAACCUGGCCGAUCUCUCCAAGUUGGUCACCGCGCCCGGCAAGAAGCGCGCUGUUCAGAAGACGAAGACUUCGGCUAAGGAUGCGGACGACUCCGACUUCGGUGAUGAGGAUGCCCUCACCGCCAAGGAAGCCGAGGAGAAGGCCAAGCAGAAGCGCUCCCUUCGCUUCUACACCUCUCAGCUUGCGCAGAAGGCGAACAAGCGUAGCGCAGCCGGCCGCGAUGCUGGUGGUGACGCGGAUCUGCCUUACCGCGAGCGCUUGAGGGACCGCCAGGCCCGCCUGAAUGCCGAGGCCGAGAAGCGUGGUAAACAGAGACUCAAGGAUUCCGAGCAGCUGGGUGGUGACAGUGACGAGGAGGAUGAGCGGGUGGCCAAGCAACUCCGCGGCGGGGACGAGUCCGACAGCGACGACUACUAUGACAUGGUCGCAGCCCGCUCCAAGCAGCGCAAGGACGACAAGAAGGCGCGUGCAGAGGCUCACGCCGCCGCUGCCCGCGAAGGCGGCCACGUCCAGAUCCAGGAGGCAAUCGGACCCGACGGCAAGCGUGCAAUCACUUAUCAAAUCGAGAAGAACAAGGGUCUUGCUCCCAAGCGCAGCAAGGACUCUCGCAACCCCCGUGUCAAGAAGAGGAAGAAGUUCGAAGAGAAAAAGAAGAAGCUGGGCAGCAUACGCCAGGUGUACAAGGGUGGUGAGAGCCGUGGUGGAUAUGGCGGUGAACUUACUGGUAUCAAGAAGAACUUGGUCAAGAGUGUCAAGCUCUAG